CGCGGGCGUCACCCUAAAAACAACAGAGGGGCAACAGCCACCUCGUCUCCUUUAAUAGGGGUGACUGAACACUCCAAUACAAAGGGACAUUAGAGGGAAAAGCGACCGUCUCUUGCUUUGGGGAUGCGCGUCAGGGGACCACGGUAGCCAAUCUGCUUGAGCACGUAGAUGCUCGUAAUUCACGACCCCCCUUUGCUGUCUCGCGCAGUGUUCUUGCUGACUCAGUGCCUUACAGCAGUGCUCCCUGUUCUCUCCACGCAUCGACCAGAAACUGCGACGCAGGCUCCCUCCAGUAGCCUAGCCCACUUCUUUCACCACCAACGCCGCACAAACUGACAGACAUGGCUAAAACAGCAAUUGCGUACAAAGAGAAGAUGAAGGAGAUGUCUGUCCUGUCUCUCCUCUGCUCCUGCCUGUACCCAGAGACACGCAAGAACCUGGUGGGAGAGUUCCAAGUAGCAGGCAUGGAGGUGAAGCCCAUCAACAAGCGUGCCUCUGGCCAGGCCUUCGAGGUGAUCCUGAAGCCCCCCUCCCCGGUGUCAGACGCAGCCCACUGUGUCACCUCGCCCCCUAAGAGGGAGGUCUCUCUGGAGGACAUCCAGAAGAAGCUGGAGGCCGCUGAGGACCGGAGGAGAUCCCAGGAGGCCCAGGUUCUCAGGGCCUUGGCAGAAAAGCGGGACCACGAGAGAGACGUGGUGAUGAAGGCCAUGGAGGAGAACAGCAACUUCAGCAAGAUGGCAGAGGAGAAGCUGACCAUGAAGAUGGAGCAGAUCAAGGAGAACCGCCAGGCCUACCUGGCCUCCAUCAUGGAGCGCCUGCAGGAGAAGGAGAGGCAUGCCCAGGUGGUGCGCAGGAACAAAGAGCUGAGGGAAGAGCUGACAGCGUGAGCAGGCGAGGGGCGCCACAAACCAUCGUACCCCCCUACAGCCACCUCCCAAGGGACUCCCCUGACAACCCCACUUCUACAGCACCCCCAGCGUCAGAAGACCCCCCCCCCAGAGUGAGGAGGAGGACCCACCGGCACCCCACACCAACAGCAUUAGCAAAUGGGGGGAUUGCAAAAAAAAUGACCAAAAUAUCACCCACUCCUCCCUAAUAAAUAAUGUUUUUGCUCGAUUUCAAAUGCUGAAAAAAGAAAAGAUGAAAAGCCAACCAAGUUAUAGUGGGUAUUGUUUUUUGUAAAUACUUAUUUUUUUGUUAUAUACAGUAGAAUAGUACAGCAGAAGUAUUGCAGUGUGCCAUUUUAGCAUUUUCUCUAUCUAUGGAUGUACUUUUAUUGAAUUUCGCCAGCUAGCCGACGUGCGUUUGCGCUGGUUAUUUUCUGACCAUGUCUGUUUCUGUGUCAGUCAGUUAGUCAGUCAGUCAGUGUGGGGAUGAUGAUAAUACAGGCUGCUCAUUGACUUCCAGGAGAGAGACUAGCUAGACAUUAGGAGAAUACUAUAGCUUUUAUGAGCCGAUUCUCUCCUGUCUGUCUGUCUGAUCUCCCACUCUCUUGCAUAGAGUGGUUCAUUCACACACAUGCACAUACACAGACUGAGGAAUUUGGCAAACGUGACAUGUCAUUUAAGAGGAGCUUGCUAUAUUCUGUCAGUUGGGCAUCGCAGAAGUCACAUGACAUCCUUGGUUCAUACCGUGAUGUCACAGAGGGGUGUUAUGGUCCUUUCUCGUUCCCAAGACCCCCUGCGUCAUCUGUCAAUCACUCUCUCAGCAUGUACUGUAUGUACCAUCUUAGACGUGUAGAUAAUGUAAUCGUGCCUAGAAUGCUACAAGCUCAUAUAGCGGUUAACGCUUAAGCAAUGGUAGAUCACUAAGUAACAUCCAUGUCCCUAAAUAGGCUAAUGAGCCCUCUCAGCUCUUUCAUGUUGUGCCACAGAGGAACCAAGCCAAAUGCUACUACGGAGGUUUCACUCUCUAUGGAGAAUCAUAGUUUGACUCUCUCACUAUUGAGAAUGAGUCAUUAUACCGUCGUCUCUUAACUGUGUACGGCAAACUAUGGCACAGGAGAACAAGUAGGCAACAUUAAGACAUAAGAAAACAACCAACACACAGACAUAUAAUAACAUCUAGAAGAUCCUGACAUGACAAUGGAAGACAAAGUGUGCAUGUUUCAGUAGGGGUGGGUGGAUGUGUGUGAGAGAGUGUAUAUGUUUCAGUAGGGGUGGGUGGAUGUGUGUGAGAGAGUGUGUGUUUCAGUAAGGGUGGGUGGAUGUGUGUGAGAGAGUGUAUAUGUUUCAGUAGGGGUGGGUGGAUGUGUGUGAGAGAGUGUGUGUUUCAGUAAGGGUGGGUGGAUGUGUGUGAGAGAGUGUGUAUGUUUCAGUAGGGGUGGGUGGAUGUGUGUGAGAGAGUGUGUAUGUUUCAGUAAGGGUGGGUGGAUGUGUGUGAGAGAGUGCAUGUUUCGGUAAGGGUGGGUGGAUGUGUGUGAGAGAGUGUGUGUUUCAGUAAGGGUGGGUGGAUGUGUGUGAGAGAGUGUGUAUGUUUCAGUAGGGGUGGGUGGAUGUGUGUGAGAGAGUGUGUAUGUUUCAAUAAGGGUGGGUGGAUGUGUGUGAGAGAGUGUGUAUGUUUCAGUAGGGGUGGGUGGAUGUGUGUGAGAGAGUGUGUAUGUUUCAAUAAGGGUGGGUGGAUGUGUGUGAGAGAGUGUGUAUGUUUCAGUAGGGGUGGGUGGAUGUGUGUGAGAGAGUGUGUAUGUUUCAAUAAGGGUGGGUAGAUGUGUGUGAGAGAGUGCAUGUUUCAGUAGGGGUGGGUGGAUGUGUGUGAGAGAGUGUAUAUGUUUCAGUAGGGGUGGGUGGAUGUGUGUGAGAGAGUGUGUAUGUUUCAGUAGGGGUGGGUGGAUGUGCGUGCGCAUGUGCUGUUUCUCUGGUUUAGAGCUUAAUUAUAUCAACCAGGAGGUUGGAGCUGUAUAUCCAACCGUCCGUCACAUACUAAUGACAUCACAGCGUCCUGUCUGAGACAUCGCAACAUCCUGUCUGUGACAUCACACCGUCCUGUCUGCGACAUCACAGGGUCCUGUCUGCGACUUCACAGCCUCCUGUCUGUGACAUCACAGCGUCCUGUCUGUGGUGAUGAACCUGGCUGUCUCUCUCUCUUCCUGUUUGUGUGUUUUCCCCCUCCACAUAUAUCUUUGUGAGCAAGCUGUGGUAAUUAAAGGUUUGGGGUUCUGUGAAUGAUA